CCGCCUACCUCUCCCAUGUCUACCCCCUCCGCGUAGCCGCGUUUCCAAAUUUGCAAGCAAAUCCCCUUCUUCUCGCAAGCCGUUCAUCUUCGCCGCUUCCCACUUUUCCACCAAUCCCUCUUUCCCUAUUUUUAUUACAGAUAGGUUCAUUUUUGUUACAGAUAGGUCCCCAAUUUCUUUCACCUAGCUCCUUGGAUACUUAAUUUUUUAUUAGUAUCUAGUCCCUCGUCGGGGUAAUGGGUGCCACGGGCCCCAUGGUACUCUCCGCCACGGUGAGGCCCUGCUGCCGUCUCCUCCAUCUCUUCCCGAAAUGCCCCUGCUCUCCUGCUUUCUCCCCCUCCGUCUUCCCGAAAUGCCCCCACCACUGCCUUGCCGACCUCCGCGCCCUCGCAUCCUGCCGCCACCGCCGCUUUUCCCCCUUCCGCGCCGCCGUCGCCCCCGCCCCCUCCCCCGGCGCCCCCUCCCUCCGCCGCCUCUCCACCUCCGUCGACCCCGUUUCCAGCGACAAGGCCUUCGAGCGGAUCUACAUCCAGGGCGGCCUCGCCGCCGUCAAGCCCCUUGUGAUCGAGAGGAAGCAGGAGGGUGAGGUCAAGGAACCGGCUCCGGUGGCGCCUGUGGCGGCGCCAACGGAGGCGGCUCCAGUGAGGGAGGAGUCCGAGUUGGAGAAGGAGGCAUGGAGGCUGUUGAAGAGAGCGGUGGUGAACUAUUGUGGGAACCCGGUGGGGACGGUGGCGGCGGAUGAUCCUGGGGCACAGCCCCUCAAUUACGAUCAGGUCUUCAUCCGGGACUUCGUGCCGUCGGCCCUCGCCUUUCUUCUCAAGGGGGAGUCGGAGAUCGUCAAGAAUUUUCUCCUCCACACCUUGCAAUUGCAGAGCUGGGAAAAGACUGUGGAUUGUUAUAGUCCCGGACAAGGUUUGAUGCCGGCUAGCUUUAAGGUUAGAACUAUGCCUAUGGAUGGAAGUAAUGAAGCAUACGAGGAGGUUCUGGACCCUGAUUUUGGCGAGUCAGCCAUUGGGCGUGUAGCCCCAGUGGAUUCUGGAUUAUGGUGGAUCAUCUUAUUGAGAGCUUAUGGAAAGAUUACUGGGGACUAUGCGCUACAGGAGAGAGUUGAUGUGCAAACGGGCAUUAGAUUGAUCCUAAAUUUAUGUUUAUCAGAUGGAUUUGACAUGUUCCCUUCUCUACUAGUAACUGAUGGCUCUUGCAUGAUAGAUCGGCGGAUGGGCAUCCAUGGCCAUCCUCUUGAGAUCCAAGCUUUAUUCUACUCUGCUUUACGAUGCUCCCGUGAAAUGAUCACUGUCAAUGAUGGGUCAAAGAACCUGCUGCGUGCCAUCAAUAAUAGACUCAGUGCAUUGUCAUUCCACAUCAGAGAGUACUAUUGGGUGGAUAUGAACAAGAUCAAUGAGAUAUACCGUUACAAGACUGAAGAAUAUUCCCAAGAUGCUACUAACAAGUUCAACAUUUAUCCAGAACAAAUACCUUCUUGGCUGGUAAAUUGGAUUCCUGAGAAAGGUGGCUACCUUAUUGGGAAUGUGCAGCCAGCUCACAUGGACUUCAGGUUCUUCUCACUUGGUAACCUUUGGGCCAUAGUUUCAUCUUUAUCUACUCCAAGACAAGCUGAGGGCAUUCUUAAUCUUAUUGAAGAUAAAUGGGAUGAUCUUCUGGGGAAUAUGCCCCUCAAGAUAUGUUAUCCUGCUUUAGAAUUUGAGGAGUGGCGCAUAAUUACGGGCAGUGAUCCAAAGAAUACCCCUUGGUCAUAUCAUAAUGGUGGAUCCUGGCCCACACUACUAUGGCAGUUCACGUUGGCUUGCAUUAAAAUGGGCAGGCCUGAAUUAGCCCGGAAGGCUGUUGCAGUUGCUGAGAAGAGGCUCUCUAAUGACAAGUGGCCAGAAUACUAUGAUACCCGAACUGGAAGGUUUAUCGGGAAGCAAGCAAGGCUAUAUCAGACAUGGACAGUGUCUGGAUACCUGACCUCAAAAAUGCUCCUGGAAAAUCCUGAGAUGGCAUCCAUCCUGACAUGUGAGGAAGAUCUUGAGCUUCUUGAGGGUUGUGCCUGCAGUCUAACCAAGAGUGCACGAACAAAGUGUUCGCGCUUUGCUGCAAAAUCUCAGGUCCUUCUAUAACCAUGCCAGGGUUGUGGAUUUGUUGUUUUUUAAUGUAGUCAUACUGUAUAAUAGCAGAAAGAUUAAGCACAAAGGGAUCCAUUUGUAUUAGAAAAAAUGGAACUCUUUGUAAUAUAGGUGAAGAUACAGAUUUAUUUGUCCGUCUUGAUCCCACAAUGCGUGCUCCUUGUUUUUGUGGGGCUAGCAUUGAUGGAGAUGGAAGUUGUGGGGAAGGGGGUGGGCCACAAAAUUGUGUAUAAUUCAACAACGACUGAUUCAUGUUACUGCUAACAUAUUGUAUCAGAUUACAAGUCUGCGGGAAUAUGAAAUUAUAUUGGUUCUUAAAAUUUA